UGGGGCAAAAAGUUCACCCGUUCGCAGUGGGAAUUUUGUAUUGCCUUGCCAGGUGCUCUCUCCACUUCCACGCGUAAUUCCCAACUUUAUAUUCGACGAAGGGUGUGGUGAAAAGAAGCGCACCAGCUCUACUGUUCUGCUAGUUACUCGAUUAUCAUCCUCCUCCUCGUCAUCCGCCACAAUAUGGGAAAGGAAAAGGUGCACAUUAACAUCGUGGUCAUUGGCCACGUCAACUCUGGCAAGUCCACCACCACGGGUCAUUUGAUCUACAAAUGUGGAGGUAUCGAUAAGACAACGAUAGAAAAGUUCGAGAAGGAGACCCAGGAGAUGGGCAAGGGAGCCUUCAAAUACGCCUGGGUGCUGGACAAACUCAAGGCGGAGCGAGAACGUGGUAUCACCAUCGACAUCGCCCUCUGGAAGUUCGAGACCGCAAAGUUCUACGGCACCAUCAUCGACGCUCCCGGACACAGAGAUUUCAUCAAGAACAUGAUCAGGGGAACUUCUCAGGCCGAUUGCGCUGUGCUUAUCGUGGCUGCCGGAACUGGAGAGUUUGAAGCCGAUAUUUCCAAGAAUAGACAAACUCGUGAGCACGCCCUUCUCGCUUACACCCUUAGCGAUAAACAGCUUAUUGUUGGAGUCAACAAGAUGGACUCCACUGAGCCUCCAUACUCUGAGGCCCGUUUCGAGGAGAUCAAAAAGAAAGUCAGCAGCUACAUUAAGAAGAUUGGAUACAAUCCAGCUGGCAUACUCUUCAUCCCCAUUUCCGGAUGGAACGGAGACAACAUGGAGGUUUCCGACAAGAUGGGCUGGUUCAAGGGAUGGAAGGUUGAGCGCAAGGAAGGAAACGCCGACGGCAAUUGCUUGAUUGAAGCUCUCGACGCUAUUCUUCCCCCAUCGAGACCUAUCGAUAAGCCCCUUCGUCUCCGUGGUGGUAUGCAGAUUUUCGUAAAGACACUCACGGGAAAGACCAUUACCCUCGAAGUCGACCCGGGGCCUCCACCAUGCCCCAGGGCCCCAUUAGUUAUGCCCCCCGCUGUACAACGCGCCCCGAGGCGAAGUCAUUGAUAUUUUUUUUAAAUAUAUGAUUUUUGUUAUUAAACCUAUGCAAUUUGAAAUCACAUGUAUCUAAAUUAUUUGACCUUGGCUUGAAUUAAAUAAAAAAAUCUUCAAAAAAUUGGGCAUCUGCCCACAAAA